UACACGUGGUUUAUUCUUAUUGGCCGGGGUGACGCGAAACAAACAUACACAUUAACGCUACGUUCAUAUUAUAUGCCUAAGCGUUAAUUAUUUCGAAUUUUGCAGAAAUCGAAGAAAUUCUGAACAGAGCUGCGGAGAAUGAUGCGGAUGCGAACAUAUGCAAGUCUCAGUUUGAUUGCAACAAUAGCAGUGAUCUACCAUGCAUUCAAUAGUAGAGGCCAGUUCUAUCCAGCAAUGGUUUAUCUAUCAACUUCUAAGAUUAAUCUAGUUCUUCUUCUUAACAUGGGACUUGUUAUUAUGUGCAUUCUGUGGCAAUUAACUAAGCGAGUGUUCCUUGGUUCUCUCCGCGAAGCUGAAGUUGAAAGGUUGAAUGAACAAUCUUGGAGGGAGGUUAUGGAAAUUCUGUUUGCUAUUACUAUUUUUAGGCAGGACUUCUCGGUGACGUUUCUUGCUAUGGUUACGGCUUUGUUGUUAAUUAAGGCAUUGCAUUGGUUAGCCCAGAAGAGAGUUGAAUACAUUGAGACAACCCCAACAGUUCCCAUGUUAUCACAUAUUCGGAUAGUUUCAUUUCUGGGCUUCCUUCUUCUUUUAGAUAGUCUGUUUUUGUACAGCUCUAUCAAGUUUUUAUUAGAAACACGGCAGGCUUCAGUUUCUCUGUUCUUCUCCUUUGAGUAUAUGAUACUAGCAACAACAACAGUCUCCACUUUUGUAAAAUAUGUUUUCUAUGUCAGUGACAUGCUAAUGGAAGGACAAUGGGAAAGAAAGGCAGUCUACACUUUCUACUUGGAACUUAUACGGGACUUGCUUCACUUGUCUAUGUAUCUUUGCUUCUUCCUCGUGAUUUUCAUGAACUAUGGAGUGCCCUUGCACUUAAUACGGGAGCUUUAUGAGACAUUCAGAAACUUUAAAAUUCGUGUUGCUGAUUACAUUCGUUAUCGGAAGAUCACUUCAAAUAUGAAUGAUCGAUUUCCAGAUGCAACACCUGAAGAGCUUAAUGCAAGUGACGCAACCUGCAUUAUUUGUCGUGAAGAGAUGACCACAGCGAAAAAAUUACUUUGUGGGCAUCUUUUUCAUGUCCACUGUCUCCGUUCAUGGUUGGAAAGACAACAUACUUGCCCUACAUGCAGAGCCCUAGUUGUACCACCAACUCAGCAUGAUAUAAAUACAGCUGGAGGGCAGCAUGGAUCACAGUCAGAAGCUCAUCGACAGGGGACAGGCGCUGCAAAUCCAGGAACUCAGGGCUCUAUAGGUGGUAUAGCUGAUGACAAUUUGAGCAGGCAUCAAGCUAGAAUCCAAGCUGCUGCUGCUGCUGCCUCUCUAUAUGAGAAAUCUUUUGUUUACCCUUCUGCAAACACUCUAGUAUGGUCUCCUGGAUAUGCCUUGCUCCCCCAAGCUCAAAGGCCUUUGGCUGACCCUACUGGUGGAGAACAGGCUUUUGUAGGACAAUCACAGCCGCAGCCUGCAUUCCAUGCUGGACCUUCAAACUUGACCCUCCCACAGUUUCCCCAGUGUGUUUUUGUACCCUUUCAGGUACCUAAUGACGGUGGAGCACAAGGAGAGAGAUUAGGGAAUAUGCCAAACUGUGAGUUGGAAGCUCAGAAAAAGUUUCUUCAAUACCAGAUUGAGGUCCUGCAAAGGCAGCUCCAGCUUCUACAUCAGCCAAAAGCCGAGGAUAGCAUUCAUACGGAUCCUGCAACAUCAUCAGAUAGCAAAGGCAAGGCAGUUGCAUCAUCAUCCUCAUCCGAGUAGUCAUCGGAGAGAGUGAUGCCUAAUCCUGGAGCAAUUGUAGUUGUAUCAUGAGGCCAAACAGAAUCUUGUAUGUAUAGGAGUAAAGAAGAAUUAGAGAAGAUCCUAGGAAUGCUUUACGAUUGUAGCUCCCUCUCUGGGGAGCUGCGUCUUUUAUUUUUUAUCUCUUUUUUCCUGUUAAGGUUUUUCUGGUGAAGAAAGAAAGAUUCUUUUUUUUU